AGUUGGCAGUGGGCGGAGCUGUGGGGAGCGAGCAGCGCGCUCCCGCGGAGUGUGUGGCAGUGCGCUGCUCGGUGCAGGAUGGCUCUGAUCUCUCUUCUCAUUCCUCUCCUCUCCUCCCUCCUCCCCGGGACCUCCGCCAACCGGCACGCCGUGCACUGGAACUCCUCCAACUACCACUUGCGGCGUGAUGGCUACACCGUCCAAGUGAACGUCAAUGAUUACCUGGACAUCUACUGUCCGCACUACAAUGAGACCAUCGCCGACCAUAGGAUGGAGCAAUACAUUCUUUAUAUGGUGAACUAUGAGGGCUACCGGACCUGCGACAUCGGCCAGGGCUUCAAGCGUUGGGAAUGUAAUCGCCCGCACUCGCCCAACAGCCCCAUCAAAUUUUCCGAGAAGUUCCAGCGGUACAGCGCCUUCUCCCUGGGCUACGAGUUCCACGCAGGCCACGAAUAUUACUACAUCUCCCAACCGACCCACAACCAUCGGCGUUCGUGUCUGAAGAUGAAGGUGUUUGUGUGCUGCGCCACCACGUCUCAUUCGGGCGAGAAGCAGUCCCCCACACUGCCGCAGUUCACGAUAGGACCUGAAGUGAAGAUUGAGGAUCUAGGUAACUUCAAUCCCGAGAUCCCGAAGCUGGAGAAGAGCAUCAGCGGGACGAGCCCGAAGAGGGAACACUUACAUUUGACUGUGGCCGUGUGUCUGGUUUUUUUAAUAACGUUCUUGGCAUCUUAGUUUUGCCGGCCGCAGGACUGGUCUGGAGGCCGAUUGGAACUGGAAUACUCUGCGGAUCGGACUCAUGACUGCACAGGUUGGGUCACAGCGGGGCGAGGACAGCGCUCUGUCCUCCAUGUCUUUUUUCUACCUUCUUUUUUUUUUUUCUUCAA